UCUUGAUAUUGUCAAACCAUACUCUCAGCUCUCAUACCAUAUUAAAAGGGAAAACUCUUUGAAAUCAAUUACAAUCAUACUCGUCAAUUAGCCUAAUGUAACCAUAUCUUCUGUAUCUUUGUUGGGCUCUUGUGUGGGCUUGUUGGUGGAGCUGAGAGUAUGGUUUGACAGAUAUUUUGGGGAAUCUAAGCAUAACUCUCUUUGAAUGGGUGCCUGGGCUUCUUCCUUCCUCCCAACUCCUCCUCCUCCACCGCCACCACAUCCUCCUCCUCCCCCUCUAGAACCAGAAGCAAAGUAUGACGUUUUCAUUAGUUUCAGAGGGAUAGACACUCGCCACAACAUUACCAGUCAUCUCUAUGCUGCUUUGUGUAGGAAAAAAAUUGCAACUUUCAUUGAUAAUAGGCUUAGGAGAGGAGAUCAAAUAUCAGAGGCACUAAUGAGGACGAUUGAGGUAUCAAAAGUCUCCAUUGUUGUUUUCUCCAAAAACUAUGCUUCUUCCAAGUGGUGCUUGGAAGAACUGGUCACGAUGCUCGAGUCCAAGAGAAAGUACGGACAAAUUGUUAUCCCAGUCUUCUUCAAUGUCGAUCCAUCACACGUAAGAAAACAGAUAGGCACUUUUGCACAAGAUCUAGCUUGCUAUCAAUCUCAUCCCAAUAUACAAAAAUGGAAGGAUGCAUUGACGGAAGCUACUAAUUUAUCUGGAUGGGAUUCAAAUGUCAUAAAGCCUGAGGCUACACUAGUUGAGGACAUUGCUAGAGAUAUUUUGGAAAAACUAUCCUACGCCUCUUCAAGUAAUAUUGAAGAUGGCCGCUUGAUUGGAAUAAGGUCACGGAUUAAGCAAGUUGAAUCAUCAUUGAGCACUUGUUCUGGUGAUGUUCGGGUCAUAGGAAUUUGGGGCAUGGGAGGGAUUGGAAAAUCAACUCUUGCCAGAGCAUUCUUCAACCAUAAUUUCAAUCAGUUUGAAGGGCAUUGCUUUCUUGCAAACGUCAGAGAAGAAUCUCAAAAGCGCGGGUUAAACAAUCUACGGGAGAAAUUUCUUUCAGAAAUUCUGAAGGACGCGAUGAAUCAUGUAGAUUUUGGCGCUCCUCAUCUAGGACUAACUUCAUUUACAAGGAAUAGGCUUCGCCAAAAGAAGGUACUUGUUGUUCUUGACGAUGUGAAUGAUUUGCAUCAUUUAGAGUUUUUAGCGGGAGGUUGCGAUGACUGGUACUUCGGCCCAGGAAGUAUUAUUAUCGUAACGAGUAGAGAUAAACAAGUGCUUAAGAAUGGAGUCCAUAUGAUCUAUCAAGUCCAACAACUUGACCAUCAUGAAGCCCUCUACCUUUUCGGCCAAUAUGCUUUCAAACAAAGGCAUCCCAUGAGUUAUGACCAUAUUGGAUUAUGCGACAAGGUAAUAAAAUAUGCUAAUGGUAACCCUUUGGCCCUAAAAGUCUUGGGUUCCUUUCUAUUUCAGAAGAGCAAGGAAGAGCAGGAAAGUGCACUGAAAAAGUUGGAGAGGACUCCUAACAUGGAUAUUCAAAAGGUUUUGCAACUUAGCUAUGAUGGACUCGAUUAUGAACAACAAAAUAUAUUUCUUGACGUUGCAUGUUUCUUUAAAGGGAGAUUGCUAAAUGAAGUUAAAACCAUACUUGAUGGUUGCGGUUUCUUUACUGAAAUUGGAAUCAGCGUUCUUGUUGACAAAUCUCUUUUAGUUCUGCGGGAUGAAAGACUAGAGAUGCAUGAUAUGUUGCAAGAAAUGGGUCGAGAAAUCGUUCGUAGGGAAUCCAUCCAACAGCCAGGGAAGCGUACUAGGUUAUGGGAUUCUCGAGACAUUUCUCGUGUGUUGACAACAAAUACGGGGACCGAGGCACUUGAAGGUAUAAUUAUGUACACUUCUGAGACGACAACGUUAACCCUAGCUCCAACAAUAUUUAGCAGGAUGCACAAUCUUAGAUUACUUGGAAUUAAGAAUUAUCCUUUUUCAAAUGGGUGCAAAGUCCUCCUUGCUCAAGGCCUUGAAUUUCUUCCUCAUGAGUUAAGGUAUCUCGAAUGGGAUGCAUAUCCUUUGGCAUCCUUGCCCUCAAAUUUUCAUGCAGAGAAUCUAGUUGUGCUUAGACUGUGUCAUAGCCAUGUUGAACAACUUUGGAAUGGAAGACAGAAUCUUGCCAACUUGAAACAUAUGGACCUCAGUUCCUCGACCAAACUGAGGAGAAUUCCAGACCUGUCAAUGGCAACAAAUCUUGAAACUCUGCAUCUUUAUCGUUGUAAAGCUCUGAUUGAGCUUCCCUCCUCUGUGGAGCACCUUCACAAGCUACUCCUUCUCAAUCUUAGGGAGUGCGAAAGGCUUACAAAUCUUCCCACAAACUUUUCUGCUUUGAAAUCCCUUGAAUAUCUUGAUCUCUUUGGCUGCUCCGGAAUCAAACACUUGAAUUUAGGUUGUACCGCAAUAUCAGUUGUUCCCUCUUCAAUAGGAUAUCUUCCUUCACUUGAUACAUUGGAAAUCUUAAAUGAUCAUUACUUGGACAAACCUCCCUUGUCAAUACCUGGUUGGACGUCAAAAUUCGUCAGAAACCUUUGUUUAUCUAGAGCAGCCAUCGAAGAGUUACCAGAAAGUCUUGGCAGCUUAUGCUCAUUAGAAUUUCUAGACCUAAAGGGGAACAACUUCCGACGCAUACCUGAAACCAUCAAACACCUUACUAAGCUUCGAGACCUUAACUUAACAGACUGCAGGAGGCUUGAAUCUUUGCCUCAGCUUCCAAUGAAUAUUGAGAAUCUGUUUGCAGAUAAUUGUACGUCACUACAAGUGGUAUCGACUCCAUUAACUACAAUCAGAGAGGCACAGUUAGUUGGUGAUCAGCCUAAAUUGUUCUCUCGGAUGCAGUUCUCUUUUUGCAAUUGCUUCAAACUGGAUGGAAAUUCGCGCAACAGCAUCAUCGCAGAUGUAGAAUUCAACGCUUCACAUUUUCGAUUCAGUAGUAUAAAUGACCAGAUGCGGAAUUGGGCCACCCAUCAUGUAUGUUUCCCGGGAAGUGAAGUUCCAUAUUGUUUCAACUAUAAAAGCAAUGGAUCGUCCAUAACUGCCAAGCUUCCUCUGCCUCCGAGGAAUGCUAAGUUGCUGUAUUUAGCUCUAUGUUGUGGUGUUGAAUUCAAGGACGACUUUCCCAACGACUGGGGAUUGAUGCUUAAUUACAAUUGCCAUGUAAGAUACAAAAAUGGCGACAACUUCAAUCGCAAGGGAUGCUUAGUACGAUGGUUCAAUUAUGAAGGUGCCAAAAUUUCCACUUCACACCAUCUCUUUUUGAAGUACAAGGAAAUUGAAAUUGAAGCAGACCACAAUGUUGAUGAGAUUACAAUUGAAUUCUUCAUCUUUGGGAGAAGUGAGGUAGAAUAUCAUAGCAAGGUUAAAAAGUGUGGGAUCCAUUUGAUGUACAGUACCGGUACCUACGCUGACCAGUUGUACUUGAAGCAUGGCGUUGUGGAUGAAGAUGUUACAGAAGCUAUGGUAGUAGAAGAAGCUAAAAAUGGAGGAUGCUUUAAUGGGGGCAAAAAGCGUAGAGGAUUCAGCCCUGAUGAGAACAAAGAUGAACUGGACGCUAAGAGAUUAAAACUUAUGGUUUGAUCCUGAUCGAUCUCCAUAUGCUUCAUUUUAUACCUAUGGGCGUAUGGCCCCUGAAUGAAGUGUUUAAUUUUGUGCUGGUAUUAUGUGGUCAGUUGAAACGUGAAAGGCAAAGCUAUGCAGCAAUUAGUUGGUAAUUUAAGUAGGUAAACAAUUUAGAUUAGUUUAAUUUGCAAGCGUAGAUCCAAUGAUGGCAAUUAAAUCUGUGUUAAAUAAAGCAGAGAAGAGCUGAACUUAGCAAGAAAGUUGGGAGAUGAAUUAAGUUUUUCAGCUUUUAAGAUCAACA